GGAUUUAGUUAGGGGUAGAGCCGCGGGUCGUUGACAUCACAGCCAAGAUUUAUCCGUGCACCCACCACCUACGAAGCUGCCCGUCUGGCACCAAGACCCAAAACACGCCGAGGUUCAAUUGCGUUCAACCUCAACUUCAACACUUCAUCAUGCGGCACUUAGCGGCUCUCCUGCUGCUCAGCAAUGCAGCAAGCUCCAUUGCCGCGUCCGAGCCGGCUCGGCCUCGUGGUGUGGGACCUGAUUUCGCGAAGCACUACAAGGGCUCCAAAGACAUAUUCACCUGCAUCACAGCUCCCUCGGUCGUAAUCCCUUUCUCGAGCGUCAACGACGACUACUGCGACUGUCCCGACGGGUCAGACGAGCCAGGGACAUCAGCCUGCACGUACCUCUCGUCGCUGUCGCCCACCCAGCCCGUCCCCGGCACAUCCAGCGGCACCAGUAAUACGACUCUGGCGCUGCCAGGUUACUACUGCAAGAACAAGGGCCACCAGCCGGGCUACAUCCCGUCCAGCUACGUCAACGACGGGGUGUGCGAUUACGACCUCUGCUGCGAUGGUAGCGAUGAGUGGGCUGGUGUCGGCGGGGUGGCGUGCGAGGACAGGUGCGCGGCGAUGGGCAAGGAGUGGCGGAAGAAGGAGGAUGAGCGCGUGAGGAGCGCGAGGGCUUCGCUGCUGAAGCGCGGCGAGCUGCUUAAGCAGGCUGAGAUGCUCAGAAUUGGGAUCCAACAGCGGAUUGAUCAGUUGGAGGGCGAAGUCGUGACACUGCAAAUAAAGGAAGAGGAGGCAAGACGGCGGCUCGAGGAUGUCGAGUGGUCGGAGCGGAGCAAGGUUGUUAAGGGCGCGAGUGAGAAGGCAUCGAGAGUUACGGUUUUGGCCAAGUUGGCGAAGGCAAGGGUGGAGGAGUUGAGGAACAGCCUGACAAGCUUGAUUGAGAAGAGGAAUGCGGCGAAUUCGAGGGUUCAAAAGCUUGAGUCGAUUCUGGAAGCGUUUAAGGUAGAGUACAACCCGAAUUUCAACGAUGAAGGAGUGAAGCGCGCUGUCAAGGCUUGGGAGGACUACGUGGCCGAGAAGGACACCAGCUCUGAUUCCGAUGCGACCGGGUUUGAGAAGGACCUGGAGGAGAUUGGGAAGCCAGAUAGCGAGGAGCAGGGUAUCAACUGGGCAGAGUGGGAGAAGGAGGAGGAGGAAAGUGAUGUUGAAGCUCUCUACAGCUUUGAAGCCUACCUUCCCCCAUCCCUCCGUACCUGGGUCCACGACAAAGUUCGGUCCUUCCGUCGCACUCUUGUCGAUAAUGGUCUCCUUGCAGACACCACUGGCCCCGCCGACAGCGAAUCCCGCGCUGUUACUGAGGCCCGCAACGCAUACAACAACAUAAAGAGCGAUGGAGAGUCGAGACGAUCCGAGCUGGAGGACAAGAAAAACGACCUCAAAGCCGACUACGGACCACAGGACGUCUUCCGCGCCCUCAAGGGUAAAUGCGUUGACAUCGAUUCAGGCGAGUACACGUACGAGUUGUGCUGGAUGGACAAGAGCACGCAGAAGUCGAAGAAGAAUGGUGGGAGCACGCAACUGGGCACUUUCAAGAGAUUUGAUACCGUCGAGGUGGAUGAGGAUGUUGGCGCUGAUGGGAGGGGCCUUGGGGUUGGAGAGAGACUCUCGAUGGUAUUUGAGGAUGGAGCGCAGUGCUGGAAUGGGCCGAAGAGAAGCACCAUUGUCGUUAUGGCGUGUAGAGAGAAGGAUGAGGUGUGGCGGGUGGUCGAGGCGGAGAAGUGCGUUUACAGGAUGGAAGUCGGCACGCCUGCUGUCUGCAAGGACAGCGCUGGCGAGCAGAGAAAGCCAGUUAAGGACGAGCUAUAGUUGGAGGGAGAGCUGGGUUAUUUGGUAGUAUAGACAGUAUAAAAGAUGAGCAAUUGGCCUGUACCACGAAUAAAAUAUUAAAAUGC